GUUGCCUCGGUCUUCUGAGGAACAGGGCAAACUCUUGACUUCCGGCGGGGUUUUGAGGCCUCACAGUGUUUUCCUUCUCUUUUCUUACUCUCCAGUCUCUUUCUUUGUUUCUUUUUUUUCCCCUACGUCCCAGGCUGUCUCGAUCCUGGCGAAGCGGCGAGCGAGCUCUGCUUCCCAGCCAUCCCGGAGUCCCUCGCUAGGCGAGGGCCUGUUCCCGGGGUCCGCGCGCGCACCUCCCUCUCGCCGUCGUCUCCCCGGGGCCGGGCGCGGGGACAGAGAGUCGCCUGCCCCGCUCCUCGGAGCUGAGGCGGCGGUGCCACCUCCGAACUGCGCUUGCGAAAGAAGCUCGGGGAGGAGUAGUACAAAAUGUCAAAAAUUAGAAGGAAGGUCACUGUGGAAAAUACCAAGACCAUAUCUGAUAGCACAUCCCGAAGACCCAGUGUAUUUGAAAGGCUUGGACCCAGCACUGGCAGUACAGCAGAGACACAGUGCCGUAACUGGCUGAAGACUGGCAACUGCCUCUAUGGAAACACAUGUAGAUUCGUACAUGGCCCUUCACCCCGUGGUAAAGGUUAUAGCAGCAAUUAUAGAAGGUCACCAGAAAGACCUACAGGGGAUCUUAGAGAAAGAAUGAAGAACAAGCGCCAAGAUGUGGACUCUGAGUCCCAGAAACGAAAUACAGAGGAGUCAUCCUCACCUGUUAGGAAAGAAUCUUCAAGAGGGAGACAUAGGGAAAAGGAAGACAUAAAAAUCACUAAGGAGAGAACUCCAGAAAGUGAAGAAGAAAAUGUAGAAUGGGAAACUAAUAGAGAUGAUUCUGACAAUGGAGAUAUUAAUUAUGAUUAUGUUCAUGAGUUGUCCUUGGAAAUGAAGCGUCAAAAGAUACAGAGGGAAUUAAUGAAGCUGGAACAAGAAAACAUGGAGAAAAGAGAAGAAAUUAUUAUUAAAAAGGAGGUUUCACCAGAAGUGGUUAGAUCAAAGUUGUCUCCAUCACCUUCUCUAAGAAAGUCUAGCAAAUCUCCAAAGAGAAAAUCAAGCCCUAAGUCAUCAUCUUCAACUAGCAAGAAAGACAGGAAGACAACUGCAGUAUCUUCUCCAUUGUUGGACCAGCAGAGGAAUUCAAAAAGCAACCAAAGUAAGAAGAAAGGACCGCGAACUCCUAGCCCACCCCCUCCUAUACAGGAAGACAUUGCUCUGGGGAAAAAAUACAAAGAAAAGUAUAAAGUGAAAGACAGGAUAGAGGAAAAGCCAAGAGAUGGAAAGGACAGAGGACGAGAUUUUGAAAGACAAAGAGAAAAAAGAGACAAGCCAAGGUCCACUUCCCCAGCAGGACAACAUCAUUCUCCAAUAUCUUCUAGACAUCACUCAUCUUCCUCACAGUCAGGAUCGUCGAUUCAAAGACAUUCUCCUUCUCCUCGCCGAAAAAGAACUCCUUCACCAUCUUAUCAGAGGACAAUAACUCCACCUUUACGCCGCUCUGCUUCUCCCUAUCCUUCACAUUCUUUGGCUUCUCCUCAGAGAAAGCAAAGCCCUCCAAGACAUCGCUCUCCAGUGAGAGAGAAGGGGAGGCACGAUCAUGAGCGAACUUCACAGUCUCACGAUCGGCGUCAUGAAAGGAGGGAAGAGACUAGAGGUAAAAGGGACAGGGAAAAGGACACAAGAGAAGAACGAGAGUAUGAACAGGAUCAGAGCUCUUCUCGAGACCACAGGGAUGACCGAGAACCUCGAGAUGGGCGGGAUCGAAGAGAUGCCAGAGAUACUAGAGACCGAAGGGAACUAAGAGACUCUAGAGACAUUCGGGACUCCAGGGAGAUGAGAGACUAUAGCAGAGACAACAAAGAGAGCCGCGACCCCAGGGAUGCUCGGUCUACUCGUGACGCCCACGACUACAGGGACCGUGAAAGUCGAGAUGCUCAUCGAAAGGAGGACGCGUAUCAGGAAGAAUCCCGAAGUUAUGGCAGAAACCAUCUGAGAGAAGAAAGUUCUCGCACUGAAAUAAGGAAUGACUCCAGAAAUGAGUCUCGAAGUGAGAUUAGGAAUGACCGGAUGGGCAGAAGUAGAGGAAGAGCUCCAGAGAUGCCUGAAAAGGGAAGUCGAGGCACAAGAGGUUCUCAGAUUGAUAGUCACAGCAGUAGUAGCAACUAUCAUGACAGCUGGGAGACGCGAAGCAGCUACCCUGAGAGAGACAGAUACCCUGAGAGAGACAGCAGAGAGCAAGCAAGAGAUUCUUCCUUUGAGAGAAGACACGGGGAGAGAGACCGUCGUGACAACAGAGACAGAGAUCAAAGACCAAGCUCACCAAUUCGACAUCAGGGAAGGAAUGACGAGCUUGAGCGUGAUGAAAGAAGAGAGGAACGAAGAGUAGACAGAACGGAUGAUAGAAGAGACGAAAGGGCUAGGGAGAGAGACCGGGAACGGGAGCGCGAGCGGGAGAGAGAGCGCGAGCGCGAGCGGGACCGGGAGAGAGAGAAAGAAAGGGAACUGGAAAGAGAGCGGGCGCGGGAGCGGGAGCGCGAGAGAGAGAGAGAGAAGGAGAGAGACCGGGAGCGGGAGCGCGACCGGGAGCACGACAGAGAGAGGGAGAGAGAGCGGGAGCGCGACCGGGAGAAAGAGCGCGAGCGCGAGCGCGAAGAGAGGGAGCGGGAGCGCGAGCGGGAGCGGGAGCGGGAGCGCGAGCGGGAGAGAGCGAGGGAGCGGGAGCGCGAGCGCGAGCGCCAGAGGGAGUGGGAAGAGAAGGAGAAAGCGCGCGAGGACCGCAGGGAAAAGCGGGAAGACGUCCGAGAAGACCGGAACCCCAGAGACGGCCACGAGGAGAGAAAGGCCAAUACGGGCUUCCCAGGUGGAUCAGUGGUAAAGAACCUGCCUGCCAAGCAAGAUACGAAGCGCUAUAGAAAUGAAGGGAGUCCUAGCCCUCGUCAGUCACCUAAGCGCCGGCGAGAGCAUUCUCCUGAUAGUGACGCCUACAACAGUGGAGAUGAUAAAAAUGAAAAACACAGACUCUUGAGCCAGGUUGUUCGACCUCAAGAAUCACGUUCUCUUAGUCCAUCACACCUUACAGAAGACAGGCAGGGUAGAUGGAGAGAAGAUGAUCGUAAACCAGAAAGAAAAGAAAGUUCAAGGCGCUAUGAAGAGCUAGAUUUCAAAGAGAAAGUUUCUUCUGUAGAUAAGCAGAGAGAACAGACAGAAAUCACAGAGAGCUCCAGAACUCGUUCACAAGACCUGACAGGACACCACCCAUCCGAAGAUCGAGACAUCUCUGAUGGAGCUCAUGAGGAGAACAAGAGAAAAGCAAAGAUACAAAAGAAACCUAUUAAGAGAAAGAAAGAUGAUGAUGUUGGAGUAGGGAGGGGAAACACAGAGACAGUGUCUGAAGAUGGUCAAGUAUUUUCACCAAAAAAAGGACAGAAGAAGAAAAGUGUUGAAAAAAAGCGUAAGAGGUCCAGAGGUGAUUCUGACAUCUCUGAUGAAGAAACCGUGCAGCAGAGUAAGAAGAAAAGAGGCCCGAGGACUCCACCUAUCACAGCCAAAGAGGAACUGGCUGACAUGUCCAAUGAUAAGGAUGGCGCUCUAGAGGACCCUCAGAAGAAAGAAGAUACAGCGUUCAGUGACUGGUCUGAUGAGGACGUGCCUGACCGCACGGACAUGACGGAGCCAGAGCAUGUGGCCACUGCCGCCACCCCUGGAAGGACCCCUUCCCCAUCUUCUCUCCCUCCUCCCCCGCCUCCUCUGGCUGCUGCCGCGACCACCCCUGCCGCGGCCUUCGGCACAUCGACCACCACCAUUUCCACCUCCGCCCUCCUCACCACCAAUACCUCUUUUACCAGUGAAGACUCCCAUAGGAAGUGCCACAGAACACGAGCGGAAAAGGUAGAGGCGCCUCAUGUUACUAUAGAAGACGCACCACAUCGCAAGCCAGUGGAUCAGAAGCGGAGCAGCAGCCUCGGCAGCAAUCGGAGUAAUCGCAGUCACACCUCUGGCCGUCUCCGCUCCCCAUCCAACGACUCUGCUCAUCGAAGUGGGGAUGACCAGAACGGUCGAAAGAGAGUGCUGCAUAGCGGCUCAAGAGACAGAGAAAAAACCAAAAGUCUGGAAAUCACAGGAGAGAGAAAAUCCAGGAUUGACCAGCUAAAGCGUGGAGAACCUAGUCGAAGUACUUCCUCAGAUCGCCAGGAUUCAAGAAGCCAUAGUUCCAGAAGAAGUUCUCCUGAGUCAGAUCGACAGGUCCACUCAAGAUCGGGGUCGUUUGAUAGCAGAGAGAGGCUUCAAGAGCGUGACCGUUAUGAGCACGAGAGAGAGCGGGAGCGAGAAAGGAGGGACGUGCGACAGAGAGACUGGGAGCGGGAUGCCGAUAAAGAUUGGCCCCGGAAUAGGGACCGGGACCGACUGCGGGAACGGGAGAGGGAACGGGACAAGAGGAGAGACUUGGACAGGGAGAGGGAGAGACUACUCUCCGAUGCCCUGGAAAGGGACCGGGAGAGGGACAGGGACAGGACGUUUGAGGGUUCUCAAGUAGAGUCUGUAAAACGCAGUGAAGUCAAGCUGGAGAGUGAACAUGACAGAGACCUAGAAGUCGGUUCCCGAGACACUGGAGCUUUGGAUAAAGAAAGGCUGGAUAAAGAUCUGGGAUCUGUGCAGGGAUUUGAAGAUACAAGUAAAGCUGAGAGGACUGAGAGUGUGGAAGCAGGAGACGAUGAAUCCAAGCUAGAUGAUGCUCAUUCAUUGGGAUCUGGUGCUGGAGAAGGAUACGAGCCAAUUAGUGAUGAUGAACUAGAUGAAAUUCUGGCAGGUGAUGCUGAAAAGCGGGAGGACCAACAGGAUGAGGAGAAGAUGCCAGAUCCGCUAGAUGUGAUAGACGUGGAUUGGUCUGGUCUUAUGCCAAAGCAUCCAAAAGAGCCACGAGAGCCUGGGGCCGCGCUCCUAAAAUUCACACCUGGAGCUGUUAUGCUGCGAGUUGGCAUUUCUAAAAAGUUGGCUGGUCCUGAGCUCUUUACGAAAGUCAAAGAAACAUGUCAGAGACUUUUAGAAAAGCCCAAAGAUGUAGACAGUCUCUUUGAACAUGAACUUGGGGCUCUCAACAUGGCUGCAUUACUACGAAAAGAGGAAAGAGCAAAUCUGCUUAGUAAUCUUGGACCGUGUUGUAAAGCAUUAUGCUUCAGACGGGAUUCUGCAAUCCGAAAGCAGCUUGUUAAAAACGAGAAGGGCACCGUAAAACAAGCUUAUACAAAUGCUCCAGUGGUAGACAAUGAACUGUUACGACUGAGUCUUCGAUUAUUUAAGCGAAAGACCAUGUGCCAAGCCCCAGGACCUGAAAAGACUGAAGAUAAUAAACUUUCACAGUCCAGUAUCCAACAGGAACUGUGUGUGUCUUAAGACUGAAGUCCAGGUACAUUUUUGGUACUAUUUCCCUUCAGCAGUGCGUAUUCUUUUUCAGAGUUCUGUGGUUUGACAAGCAUUAUUAGUGACGAAGACAGAAAAGACUUAACAGCCAUGCUAAACUAGUGAUGAACUUUUGAUAAAGUUUAAAGACACUAGUUUGGCGAGCUUAAGAUUUUACAUAAAUUUUCACACCGUCCAAAAUAAUGUGAAAGCAUCUAGAUUGAGUUGUUUAUUCUGUACCUUUUGGUAAAACUGAAGCUUUUGAAAACAGUCGUCCUUACGCUUCUAGCCUACACAGAUUUUUUAUGAAAUGGAGCCAGAGCCACUGACUUAUGUACUGGAUCAUCCUGACAGAAACUGCGAUUUUCUCCAGAAACAGUGUGUUCACUGAAUGCACACACGCCAUGCACCACUGUGAUGCACAGGACACAGAGGGGUGCUGCUGUGUGUACGCCGGCCUCCCGCAGGAGCAAGCCACAAUCCUGUUUUCUCUAAUUCUAAGCAGAACUACUUAAUGCCUCUUCAGUUUUUUAAAAUAUAUGUGCAUUGUUACAAUGUAUAUUGGAUAUAUUUCGAUUCUCAAUGGUUUUGUUAUCAGAGAUUGUCAACUAUUUUUAUUUUUAAUAAAUGUACCUUCCCUUUCCUUGUUCUAGAUUUACUUUGUUCAUUAAUCUUGUUCCUGUUGUUCAAAAAUGUUAUCAACAUUACAUGUUUUGUACUUCAGAUAUUUUACUGCUCGAGUUAUUGGACAGCUGUAAAUAAUGUGAUAAGAGUUGAGGAUGUACUUUAAGUAUAGCUCAGUAAUACUUGAAACAAACCAUACUUUUCAGAACUGUAACCUUUGAUUAUAUUAACCCGCCUCUAACCUAUAAUAUAUAAAACAAUUUAAUUUUUAUAAGUUACAGUAUAUCUGUUUUAUUUUGUAUGUACAUAUUUAACUCAUGAAGUGGACUCUUAGAAGUAUCUGAAAUGGACUCCAAACUGCAGAAUUUGUGGGCAGACAACAAAAAUAAUGAAGGAAACCAAUCAAAAUUGUAAUUUGCCAAUUGCCUUUCACAGGUUUUUGUUAAAACUGUAAUUCUACAUUACCUGUCUCAGUAGUUUUGUACCUUUUCUCUAUGGGUAAUAUACUGUAACAGGUUGAAAGUUUAUAUUCAGGAACAUUCAUCGUAGUCAUUGUGCACUUAAUUUUUAUAAAAUACUUACCCAGCAAAGGAAGUAGUCAUAUUUCCAAAUGACCUGCAAAGCAUAUAUAAGAAAAUUGCAAGUAGCAAAGCAAAAACCAAAAAGGUAAGCAAAAAGAUUCUUCAGGUGUCUGUUUCUUCUUACCAAUUGGUAAAUCUUUUGAAUAAGGAAAAAAUGUAAAAUUCUUUAAUGACCUGGAGAAUGAAUACCCUUUAGAAAAUUACCUUCUGUUUUAGUGGAUAAUAUUGUUCUCUGUAGCAUAAAGAUUUAAAGUCCUAGAUUCUCUGAGUUCAAAGAAAUGUGGAGUAUAACAAAAGUUAUGGUUAUCCUGUUCUGUCCAGUGGCUUUUAGGAGUAUUUCACAAGUUAUUUCUUUACAGAAUGAAAACUAUAUAGGUAGAUUUGCCAUUUAGUCAAAUCUGUUGCCUUUUUAGUUUGAAUAUCUUCUGUUAUGUUGUAAAAGAAAAAUUUAAAACUCUUUUUUUGCUUAGUCACAGUACUCAGAGCUUUAUGCUCCCAGUGGGAAUGUAGUGUUAUGUCUCAUAAUAUUUUUAAAUUUAAACAUUCUGUGUAUUGCUAGUCAUAUACUCAUAAAGUUUUUCUAAAGCGAACUUUUGUUGGAUUUUCCAUAAAAUUUCUUGGACCAGUAUUCGUGGAAACAUCUUUUGAUCUAUAAACUAUUUGUUAGUAAAGUCUUCUGUCUUGUAACUGAUGAAGUUUGUCCACUUGCCACAUCUGGACUCUAGCUGCUUGCAAUAAGAAGUUGUCCAGCUAGAGAAGAGGCAAGACUAUGUCUGCAGUCCACAGUAAAUAAAAUGAGAGUUAACAGAUAA